AUGUCUGAAUCCCCAGAAGCUGCGGAUUCUACCGCAUCACGGCCCAUAUCCAGCUCAACCGGCGACAUCGAUGCUACCGUUGCCACUAUCAAAUGGAGAACCGAAGCGCUCCUAUCCAGCCUCGACACAUGUGAGGAGUUCCGCGAAGAAGACGAACUUUCCGAGGAUAAAUUCUUUGCGAUGGUGGACGUGCGGAGGAAGCUAGAGUCGCUCUGGCUCUCCAUCAUCAACGUUCAAGAACAGGGGGUUAACGCACCUGCGAUUGCCUACAUUACCAUCAAGCUCCGUACUUUUCGUACAACACUGAUACCAUAUGACAUUUAUCCUGAGAUUAAGGGACUGGUAGACGUUAUCGAUUUCGUCUUUGGGAAGUCGUCGCUAGCCAAGCUACUUGAGGGCACAGAUUGUGACGAAAGCUCAGCGCUUGAGACUGACUCUGACUCUAACCGAUCGCUAUCAGACAGUUCAUACUAG